AGGGAGGGGCAGAAGCCGCUUUAACACCCACGGAUUGGUGGCUGGGCGCUGGCCUACCCCUCAUCCUGACCCUGGGGUGUGCGGACCUGGACCUGGCUGUUCUCCUUCCCCAUCAACGUCUCCGUCUCAUUGGGACGGGGGACCCUCGGCUGUUCCUUGCAAGACUGUGGAUGCCACUCGGGAUGUCCCCUUUCUGUUGCUGGGGCCUGCCUGUGGCCCUUCUCACCCUGCUCUGCUCCCCAGGGUCUGGCAAGAAGGCGUUCGAGGUACACAUUUGGCCAAAGCAACUGGUGGUGGAGCCCGGAGGGUCCUGGGUGAUCAACUGUAGUACUAGCUGUGCCCAUCCAGAUGCUGGGGGCCUGGAGACCACCCUAACCAAGACUGUGCUAAAGGAGCAAACUCAGUGGAAGCAAUAUGAGCUCUCCAAUGUGUCUAAUGACACAGUUGUGUACUGCCACUUCACCUGCUCUGGGAAGCAGAAGUCGGAGGACCUCAGAAUCAGCACGUACUGCCCUCCAAAGCAAGUGCUACUGAAGCUGCAGCCCGCGUGGGUGGCUGUGGGCAGACCCUUUACCAUUGAGUGCAGGGUGUCCGCCAUGAAACCCCUUAAGAAUCUCACUAUCACCCUGCUCCGCAGCAAUGAGACCCUGCACAUCAAGACCUUUGGGGGAUCUUCUCCCAAAGAGGCCAGGGCCACACACAGCAUCACGGCUCACAGGGAAGACAGCCAUCACAACUUCUCCUGCCAGGCCGAGCUGGACCUGCGGUCUCUCGGUGGGGAAGUGGUCCGUCGUAUCUCAGAGCCCCAGGAGCUGAUGGUCUACGAGCCCAUGCAGGACAACCAGAUGGCUAUCAUCAUCACAGUGGUGGCAGUGCUGCUGUUCCUGUUUGUGACGUCUGUCCUGCUGUGCUUUGUCUUCGGCCAGCACUGGCUCCGGAAGCGGAUGGGCUCCUACAGGGUGGGAGAACGGGAGGCUCAAAGAAGUUGAACGACUUGUCUGAGGUCACUCAGUGAAUAAGUGGCCAAGCAGGGACUGGAAGAAACCAGGUGUGGCUCUGGCAAUGGGUCAGGAGGCCAGCAAUCUGCCUCUGGCCUCGCGCCCAGCUCCUGGGCCCACCUGGGCCCCAUCAGUGAGGAGAGUGUUCACCCCAGGGGCCCCCUGAAGACCUGGGGGUGAGGGGCAACAGCAGCUCCUGCCAGCCUGGAUAAUAGACACGCCCCUCACCUCCUCCAGGCAUCAAAAUCCCACCUACUUUUCAAGGAUUGGUUCCAAGGCCACCUGCUCCUCCAUGGGGCCUCUCCCACUCCCCCAGAGUGUGUGCACUCACACUUUGUACUUCUCUGUGUGCCAGUCACAGCCAAA